AUGAGUCUGAAGUGUAUUUUGCCUGUUGCUCGUUUUCUUCUCUCCAAAAGAACACUGUCAGUUGGAAACAUUCAGUCUUCAAAACUUUUUCAAUGGUAUACUUCUUUUUAGAAUCUUUUUAAAAUUGCAUAUAGUCGUAGAUUGGCAUCUUCUUCUUCGUUACCAAACGAAAAAGAGGUAAAACCGAGCGAACGUCAAAUUCCGAGAAAGUUGCGCAAGAAGAGACCUGUUUCAUCAGCCAUCCCUCGUGUGGUAGUCUUAUUCAGUUCGUCGAUUCUUCUACGUUUUGUUCCAGACGAGGGAACCUUCAGUUGUGGCAAUGGCUUUGUCGGAAUCUUUGAAUAUACAAGAUAUUGUGCAUGAUCAGAAUAUUAGCAACAUGUUUAAUGUAUCUUCUAUUGACGACGGUGAGCAAAGGCGUAGGAUGAUAUAUCAAAAAAAGCUUUCAGAGUUUGAGGAAACGAUACAUCUUGCGAAAAAGUUGGAGUAUGUCAUCAACCCUGCAGAGCUGAGUGAGCUUUUCGUUUUUCGCGACGGCGUUGUAGUAUUUUGGAAUGUUGAAUCUAGCCAGGUUACUUUGUCGCUCUUGAAGUUCUCGAAAAAAAUUUAUUUUCUACAGAGGGCACAGAUUCUUCGCGACCUCGAACGGUACGCUGAAGGAGUGUACGAUUCUGUGAUAGUCAUGGAUGAGCAAGAUCGAAUGUUCUUCGUUGUAACUGAUCAGUUAGUUCUCAAAAAAUCUUUAUAGUUGGUUCAUAAGAUCUUGCUGAACUUUUUGAACGCGCAGAAGGAAAGCUCGCUUACUUUAACGUUCACGGAGUUUGUUGCUAUUAGUUUAUUAAUUUGUCUAUCCUACUUCAAAACUUCAGAAAUGUUCUGUUAAUGGAUCAAAGUCGACUGAUGGUUAGCCACUAUAGUUUGGAAAUUUUUUGCAGAUCAUCCUCUCUCAUACGACAUGACCGAUUCCAACUUUCCUCGCGUCAUGGAGAGGCUCAGCACAAUUCAAACGACUCAAUAUUGGAACGCUUCGCUCUCAGUCAAGCUUUUGCCGCUUCAGGUAUAAUUUCUUUCUUUUAUAUUCAAUAAGCACGGUAUAAAUGCUUGAAGAGAAAAUGAGCACCCGCUGAGAUCAAGUUUUCAUAAUUUUUUUCUCUCAAAACAAACUUCGAGAUAACCUGUAAGAUAUAAAUCAAAAAUAGAGUCAUUCCGUACUAAUUCCUCGACAGUCAAAAACAUUUGUUAUUUUUUAAUUUGAACAUUUUAGGAUGCAAUAAAAAAAAACCUCAAAAAGCUGCUGAAAGCGACGAGGAAGUUCAGUUCUUUUUUUUCUUUUUUUUGGAAAAAGCCUCUAAAGUGAUCUUUUUAUUUAUUUCGAGCAGUAGCGUAAUUGAAUUUUUCCAGUGAAAGUAGGAGUAUGGGAAAGUCUUCUGAACAAUUUGGCUGAGCCAUUAUCCAACGCAACAAAGGUUCAUGAACAUAAUAUCUUCAAAAUUGACCAGAAACAUUUGUAUUUAAGUCCCUGACGCAAGGUAUUAUCCCAUGGAGCCGUAAACAAGCUUUAAUGAGGUCGGGAGAGUUCGCUGCUUUACGGUUUGUGGCUCUGGUUAAGUUCUUUUUUUUUCAUUAAAGCGUCGUUUCAGCCAUUCGAUAAAUCUCGACUGCACAUUGUUAAAUAAGGACUUCUAUUGGGAGCGGCCGGAACUCGAGAAAUAUUACACGAUUUCUGCAAGACAUUUUUCUCUGGGUAGACGUAUAGGGUUAGAGCCUUUUUUUUCUUUUUUUUAAAUAAAUUUAUUGCAAGAAUGCUCAAUAGCCGUUUGGAUUAUUGUGAAGAACUAGUGAAGAUGGUCGAUAACACGAUAGCUCUGCGUCAUGUAAGUUUUUUUUUCUCAUUUCAAUUAUGCUCUAUCUGUACCCAGGCCUCGACAUUAGAGUGGAUGAUCAUCGUUUUGAUAGUCAUCGAGGUUAUUUUCGACGUGCUGCAUUUCGCGGACAAGAGCCCCAGUAAAGUCAUAGUCGUGAACGGGGACUCAGAAGCGGGUUCAGCAACUGAAUAGAAUUGAUAACGGUUUCUGUUUCUCUUUGGUAACCCUUUCUUGUUCCCAUGUUAUUAGCUUUGUUAAUAAAUUAUUGUCCAUUUUUUUUAUUCGCGUUUACAAUUACCUUGGGUUGCAUCCCAAUAAGUACAUUGAUAUUUUUAUCAAUUUAUUUUUUUUUUGUUCUUGAUUCCGACUUUUCAGAAUGCCGUUCAGUAAUGCAGUGCUCUUGAAUGUUCGGCAGUUGUCUGGGAUUUUACUGAGAAGAAAAUUCUCAUCUCCUGGUGAUAAUUUUCGGUUGACGGAAUUCAGUUCGAAAUAUUUAGGUCAUAGAAAGGUAUGACAGUGAUGUUUCAAAGGUUUUAAAAAGUUUUUGAGGCUGCCUUCACUGAAAAUUUGGAAAUAAUCGACGCAGACAAAACCAAGGCGAUCCCAAUAUAUCGGGUCACUGACGCCGAAGGACAAAUCAUUGACAAAUCCCAAGAUCCGCAAUUCGACAAGGUUCCUUGGAAAGCAAAACGUUUAUUUCAGCAAUAAAUAUGAAUUUUGUCAAGGAGACGGCUCUAAAAAUGUAUCGAACGAUGACGCAGCUCAAUAUAAUGGACCGCAUUUUGUACGACUCACAACGCCAAGGACGUAUCUCAUUUUAUAUGACAAGCUUCGGCGAAGAGGUUAGGAAUAAUUCAUGAAAUGGAAGAGGAAAAAGACUUCUUUUAAUAGUGCACCGGCGAAAAGGAAGUCGUGUACAGCUCCCACAAGUUCAAAAGCGAGUUGGAAAAAUAAAUGACCAGAAAAAGGCGGAAAAAAAACGAAAUAAACGUUGAAGCAAAAGAGCAUAUAGAAAAUAGGAUAGGUGAUAAAAUAUUUUUAAAAAAAUUUUAAAAAAGUGAACUAACAUGUGUAGGGUAACCACGUGGGAUCUGCCGCCGCAUUGGAACCGCAAGACCUGGUUUAUGGACAGUACCGCGAAACUGGCGUCCUUUUGUGGAGGGGAUUCCAGAUGAUACAGUUCAUGAACCAGUGCUACGGAAACAGCGAUGACAUCAGUGAGUUCGCCCCUUCUUUUACAGUUCCGUUAAAGAAAAAGUUUCGGACCAAUGAGAUUUUUCGCAGAAUAUUCUAAUUUUAACCUAAGCUUUGAUCAGAAACGGGAACGCGGUGUUGUACUGAGUUGAAUGCUCUCAAAAAGCCCCUCGUAAACUCGAAAAUUCCAAUCCAUCAGACAAGGGACGUCAAAUGCCAGUGCACUACGGAUCGAAAGAUCUCAACUUUGUUACGAUUUCGAGUCCUCUGACGACUCAACUGCCACAGGCCGUCGGUUCGGCAUACGCCUUCAAAAGGCAGCCUAACAACAACAGAAUCGUCACCGUUUAUUUCGGCGACGGCGCUGCUUCUGAAGGCGAUGCUCAUGCCGCCUUCAACUUCGCUGCCACGCUGGUAGUUUUAAAAAUCAGAAAAAAUGGAACUGAAGUUGCAAUAGAAAUGUCCAAUCAUCUUUUUCUGCCGGAACAACGGCUACGCUAUCAGCACGCCGACCAGCGAACAGUAUGGGGGCGACGGAAUCGCCGGGAAGGGACCCGCCUAUGGAAUCAACACCAUCCGGUUGCCUACCCCGUUUUCCUUCUUAACUAUUGUACUUUAGUGUCGAUGGAAACGAUCUUCUUGCCGUUUACAAUGCGACGAGAGCCGCGAGAAAGAUGGCUUUGGAGAACAAGCCUGUCCUCAUCGAGGCGAUGACGUAUCGCGUCGGACAUCAUUCCACAAGCGACGACUCUACUGCCUAUCGGUGUGAUUUCAGGAGUUUAAAUGAAACAAAAAAAUAUUUCUGGAAAUAAAAGAAAAAGUCAGACUCCCUCUGUUUACUCGACCUUCGCAUUGAAGAAAUUAUCUAUGUAGAUAUUUUCAAUAUUCAAAAAUGAUUCACCAAAACGGCUUUUUUUUUUCAAACUUCGAAAAGCUUUCUCGCGGAGCGAGAAUGGGUAGAAAAAAAUUGAUCCAUAUAAAAUUAUCCGAAAAGUGGUCGUCAAGCCGUGUUAAGAGUAAUUUCCGGAAAAUCGAAAAUUAUCGUUACUCUCCAAAAAUUAGUUAUCUUUUUCUCUUUCACAUUACUUUUUCAGAAAAAUUCCAGAAUUUCUUUUCAUUCCAUCCAUGUUAUCUUAAAUAUUGAAUCCUACUUACUUUGAUACUUUGAUGGUCCAUCUUCGCUGAUGUUCUCAGCGUGGACCACACGUUCUCCAGGCGGCUCGGUCUUGCGCGACGGUCAUCCAGUGGCGGCCUGGCUGACUGAUGUUCUUGCGGAAGUAGUCCGUCCAUCUGGUCGGUGGGCGCUUGAUGUUUCUCGGAAUCCAGUGUGUUAA